UUUUAGCUAAAAAAGAGAACACAUAUGAACGCUGCUAGCUCAUUCCUGAAUCGUAUGGUGGGAACGGCCGCUUCUUUAGUCAAUUCUUCAACACAAAAUAUAUUCACAUAUAAUUUAAACCUUCCUUCCUCACAAACUUUAAUGACGAGUCCAAAUUGUCCUUUGAAUUCUCAGGAUCGAAAAUCAAUAGAAAAAUGUUAUCAUUUAAUGGAAACUGUUAUUCGAUUGUGUCAACAGCCUCGAAUGUUUCUCAAAAAUUCGCCUCCAUUCAUUCUCGAUAUUUUGCCUGAUAUUUACAAUCUUCUCAAUAUAAUUCUGACAAAUGAUCCAAACAUUUUACAAAGCAAUCUUUAUUUACGGUUAUUUAUAUCUAAUUUAACCAAUACUUGUAAAAGAACUGUUCGGCUAUUUCAAAAUCAAAAAGAAAAAAUUUUUGAUGAGGCGACUACUGCGAGGAGGCAAUUAACGAUGAAUUCGCUGAUAUUUUCUCAUAUGUUUUCUGAAUUAAAAGCAGAAUUUCCCGAUGGAAAAUUUAUAGGAAGCCGGUUUAGAAUUACUAAAAGACAGGCAGAAGAUUUUUGGAAUGAUUCUUUUGGGGCUGACAGAACAAUUGUUUCUUGGGAAGAAUUUAGAAAUGAACUGAAUAAAGUACACAAAUUUUGUGUUGGAAAUGAGACUCAUGCUUUGAAGAAUACUAUUGAUCUCACUUGUAAUGAUCACAUCAGCAACUUUGAAUUUGAUGUUUUUACCAGACUUUUUCAUCCAUGGGAUUCUUUACUCAAAAAUUGGCAAUGGUUAGCUGUUACACAUCCAGGUUAUGUUGCUUUUAUGACCUAUGACGAGGUUAAACAACGGCUUCAGCAAUAUAUUAACAAACCAGGAAGUUAUGUCUUUCGAUUGAGCUGCACACGUUUGGGUCAAUGGGCAAUUGGUUACGUGGCACCAGAUAAAAAGAUAUAUCAAACAAUUCCACAGAAUAAAUCGUUGAUUCAGUCAUUGGUUGACGGCAGUCGUGAAGGUUUUUAUCUUUACCCAGACGGUCGACCCAAAAAUAUUGAUCUUUCUUUUGCCAUCCAAUCAAAUACUGAAGGCAAAGUGCAUGUAUCACCUGAGCAAUACCAAAUUUAUUGCGAGAUGGGUACAACUUUUGAAAUGUGUAAAAUUUGUGAUGAACAGAAUAAAAAUGUUAAAUUGGAACCUUGUGGGCAUUUAUUAUGUCGGCCUUGUUUGCAUAAAUGGCAGAAAAUAAUUCAAUAA